GUGGUUGAGUAAUUUGCCCAUGUUUAGAAUGCCCUCUUUUACAAUUAGGGCCGACCCUAUACGGGGUAAGAGUGGUAUGUGCUCCAGACCUAUCCAAAUAAUUAAAAAAAUGGGCGAUUAGCGUUUAAUAUUUAGUAAUUAGGAACCCAUAAUUAGUAUUUGGUCCUAAGCCUCUCAAAACUCAUUAGCACUAGCCCUACCUACAAUAUCCAUUAUUUAGCAUUUACAUAUAUCAUAUACAUCUUGUUCACCCAUAUAAACACACAAACAAUGGAAAAGGAAAAGAAACUUUGCAUAAUAGGAGCAGGAGUUAGUGGUUUACUAGCAUGCAAAUAUGCCCUUGCUAAGGGUUACCAUCCCAUAAUUUUUGAGUCUCAAAGCACCAUUGGUGGUGCUUGGACUCAAACUAUAGAGACAACUAAGCUCCAAACUCCAAAACCAUUUUAUCAAUUCUCUGAUUUUCCGUGGCCUACUUCUAUUCAAACACUUUACCCAGAUAAAAACCAAGUUUUUGAUUAUAUUAAAUCUUAUGCUAAUCAUUUUGAUUUGAUUAAGCACGUCAAGUUUAAUACAAAAGUGAUUAGUAUUAAGUAUGAAGGUCCUUCUCAUGAAGAAACCCAAGCAUGGGCUCUUUGGGGUGGUAAUGGUGAUCCUUUUGGUAAUAAGGGUAAAUGGAUUGUCACCACUCAACAUCUUCUCAACCAAUCCAUGAAGGAGAUCCAAGUAGAUUUUGUUGUCUUGUGUCUUGGAAGAUUCAGUGGUGUACCUAACAUACCUAAAUUCCCAUUUGGUAAAGGGCCAGAGGUCUUCCAAGGGAAGGUUAUGCAUGCUAUGGAAUAUGCUGCCUUAGAUGAUCAAAGUGCUAGACAUUUGGUUAAGGGAAAGCAAGUUACUAUAGUUGGCUUCCAAAAGUAUGCACUUGAUAUUGCUAUGGAGUGUUCAACUGCUAAUGGAGUGGAAAAUCCAUGUUCAGUAAUAUAUAGGACUCCUCAUUGGCAUAUGUCUGAUUACUUUCCAUGGGGAAUUAGUAUCACACUCUUUUAUAUGAAUCGCUUUUCCGAACUAUUGCUUCAUAAGCCCGGAGAAGGUCUUCUACUUUGUUACCUAGCCUCUCUUCUCUCACCUUUGAGAUGGAUAAUCAGCAAAUUGGUUGAGAUUGACAUUAAGAGAAAACAUCCUCUAAAGAAGUUGGGUUUAGUACCAAAUCAUAGCUUCUUAUUAGAGAUGAGCUCAUGUGGAUUCUCGACGGUUUCAAAAGGGUUUUAUGAGAACAUUGAAAAAGGAAGUAUCAUUUUGAAAAAAUCACCAACCAUUAGCUUCUUUGAAGAAGGUGUUGUUCUUAAUGAUGAUACCAAUGAUGGAUCAAAUGAAUUUGUCAAGAGUGAUUUGGUUAUCCUUGCCACGGGCUUUAAUGGUGAUCAAAAGCUCAAAGACAUUUUUCAAUCUCAAGAAUUUCAGGAUUAUAUUUUUGGCUCCUCAAAUACCACAGUUCCUUUAUACAGGGAAUGCAUCCAUCCAAAGAUUCCACAACUUGCCGUGAUUGGACAUUCAGAGAGCAUUGCAAAUUUGUACACUUCAGAAAUGAGAUGUCGUUGGCUAUUUGAGUUACUUGAUGGCAAAUUCAACUUACCAAACAUUCAAGAAAUGGAGAAAGAUAUCUUAGAAUGGAAUAAGUUUAUGAAGAUGUAUUCUGGCAAAUACUAUAGAAGAUCUUGCAUUGGUGCAUUGCAUAUUUGGUACAAUGAUCAACUUUGCAAAGAUAUGGGCUUAAAUCCUAAGAGAAAAAACGGAUUUUGGGCUGAGCUAUUUGAACCUUAUGGCCCAAUGGAUUAUGCUUAAUUAUUGUACUUGAAGUUAUUUGACAUAUGUAUGCUAAUGACUUGCUUUCAUCAUAACUGUCUUACUUGUGAACUAAUAAUUUCUUAUAUUUGAAACUUGUGAACAUAAUAUAAUUUCUUUAUUCUAAAACCAUAUUUGUCAA